CCAGCAGCAGCCAUCAGCUCCCAAACUCCACUUCAUCUCUUGCACAGCCACUCGAUUUCCUCCAACCAGGGAGGAGAGCGACACCAGCCCUUGUCUGAGCUCAUUCUCAACGUGGAAAGAGAAAGGAAAGACACCAUACCAAUCCAGCAGAUUCCAGCAAAUCAUCUACAGAUAAUUUUUCCAUGCCGAAUGCGUGUUAAAGAGCGCGCUCAGUGCGGCACACAUCAGGCUGCUUUAUUGCCAUAGCAGCAGCGCGAGCUGCCUGUAGCUGGCACAGGAGCUAGCGACGGAACAAAGAAAACACACACAAAUAUAUACGUCUACUGAGCAAACUGCUUCCCUGUUCUUUAAGGAGGAGAAGGCAAGACCCCGAAGACCAAAACUGACAUGAUGUUUCCACAAUCCAGGCACUCGGCUUCAUCGCAGCAGCUGAAGUUCACAACGUCAGACUCGUGCGACCGCAUCAAGGACGAGUUCCAGUUCCUUCAAGCACAAUACCACAGUCUGAAGCUCGAAUGUGACAAGCUGGCCAGUGAGAAGUCAGAAAUGCAGCGUCAUUAUAUCAUGUACUAUGAGAUGUCCUAUGGGCUGAACAUCGAAAUGCACAAGCAGGCAGAGAUCGUGAAGAGAUUAAAUGGGAUCUGUGCUCAAGUCUUGCCUUACCUGUCUCAAGAGCACCAGCAGCAGGUUCUGGGGGCAAUAGAGAGAGCCAAACAGGUCACCCCACCAGAGAUGAACUCUAUCAUACGGCAGCUCCAGGCUCACCAGCUCUCUCAGCUGCAGGGGCUGGCGCUGCCCAUGACCCCUCUCCCUCUUGGUCUCAGCCAACCGGCCGGCCUUCCCGCAGUCACCUCCAGCUCCGGCCUCUUCUCCCUCUCCAGCAUCCUGGCCUCUCAGGCCCAGCUGGCCAAGGAGGACAAGAGCACACGCGAGACAUCCGACAGCCACCGCGAGGAAGACGGAGACAAGUCCGACUAGUCGCCCGCCAGACCCGUUCCUUUGUCCAGUCAUCGAGCAGAGGCACUUGUUCCCCUUUUUCUUUUCCUUCAUUUUCCACUCUUUUUCCAUCUUUCUAUCUUCCCUCUAAAUUGCUACUGUGUUCACAUGCCUAAUGUCAUUCGUUCUGGAUCAUUCCACCAGCUUUCUAUAUGUAUCUAUACCAAUCCACCUUUUUAUUGUGUUACGGAUGCUUGAUUUGAUUUUAUUUACACCAUUUCUUGCCUGCAUGUAUGUGUAUGUGUGUGUGUAUGUGUAUGUAUGUGUGUGUGUGUGUGUGUGUGUGUGUGUGUGUAUAUAUAUAUAUAUAUAUAUAUAUAUAUAUAUAUAUAUAUAUAUAUAUAUAUAUAUAUAUAUAUAUAUAUAUAUAUAUAUAUAUAUAUAUAAUUGUAUAUUUCUUAUGCUGUUUGUGGAAAUGGUCUACAAAAUGGUGCGACCGUUAAUGGACCAUCGACCCUUCAGUAAUAAUUCCUCUUUGUUGUUUUUUUUCCCCCGCUCACUCUCUUCCUCUUAAAAUCUUUCACCUUUUAAAGCUACAAUCUACAAUAACUGAGUCAAAAGCACUUUGGCCCUAGGCAGUAACUCUGAGACUAAAAGCAACUUUGCAUCUAAAAACUUAGCCGCAGCAUAAUCCAUUUAGAGUUUAAAGGAUCGGUGUUAUUGUUCGAAGGCACGGCUGUUGCAUCUAUCCUACCUUAAAGGGAUAGUUCAAGUAAAAAUGAGGUUUCAUUUUUAUGUUGUUCCAAGCUUAUUUUACCUACAUUCUUCCAUGGAACACAAAAGGAGACGUUUUGAAGAAUGUUCACACUGGUGUAUGGAAACAGACUCUGUUAAGCUUCACAAUUGACAAAAAAAAUCCUAGUCCAUAUGACUUGUGUACUAUAUUUUAAAUGUUCUGAAGACAUUUGUUUCAUUCAUUGGAAAUUUUGCUUGAUAGCGUCACCAUGUUUUCUUUCUCUUUUUUUUUUUUUUUGUAUGGAAAAGACCAGCUCCGACAUUCCUCAAAAAACAUCUUUUGCACUUCAUAAAAGAAAGUCAUACAGAUUGACAUGAGAGUGAGUAAAGGAUGAUCAAAUAUUCAUGUUUCAAACCUGUUUGACUUUUCUUCUGUGGAACACAAAAGGUGAUGUUUUGAGGAAUGUCCACGCUGCUCCCUUCUAUACAAUUAAAGUGAAUGGGGACCAAAAAAUGAACAAUUUAAGCAUCACAGAACUAGUCCACAUGACUCCUGUAUUACAUUUCGAGUGUUCUGAAGCCAUUUGUUUGAGAAAUGUAAGAAAUUUAAGGUGUUAUUCACUGGAAAUUUUGCUUGAUAGCUGUGGUCACCAUUUACUUUUAUUGUAUCGGAAAGAGCAGCUUGGAUGUUGCUCUAAACGUCACCUUUUGUGAUCCAUUUAAGAAAGUCAUACGGAUUUGGAAGGACAUGAGGGUGAGUAAAUGAUGACCGAAUCUUCCUGUUGUUUCAAACCUGUUUGACUUGCUUCUCUUCUGUGAAACACAAAAGGUGAUGUUUUAAGGAAUGUCCAAGCUGCUCCUUUGCAUACAACAAAAGUGAAUGGGGACCAAAGCUGUCAAGCUUCAAAACAUUGAUUGAACAUUUCCUCAAAACAUCUCCUUUUGUGUUUCACAUAAAAAAUUAUGUCAUACAGGUUUGGAACAACAUGAGGGUGAGUAAAUGAUGACAGAAUUUCCAUUUUUGGGUGUACUGUCCUUUCAAACUGCUUGAUGAAACGUGAUGAAUAAUGUUGAAAUGAAGAAAGAGCAUUUCUACAAGGCCCUUCAACGUACUGUAUAUCUAUCUACCUGCUUGCCUGAUUUCUAAUGUGUUUGGAAGCUGUGUUGUGCUGUCUUAGACAGAGAAUAUUAGAUGAAUCCUCUGAGAAGCUAGCUAACCUGCUCACCAAGUGAAAAGGGAUGCUGUUUAAAAGAUAUUUUUGGUCUGUUUUUUUUAGUAAUGUCGAUUGUCUACAUGGUGAAAGUCAUGUUGUUUUGUUUAUAAGGUAAGUUGUAAGAGAAAGGUAUUUGAAAAAUGAAAAGCACCUUCUUUAAAAAAAAAUGGUUGUUUUGAUCGCACUACAGAAAAAGGAAGUAUGUGAAAUCAUAUGCAUGAUGUAUAACAAGCCCUCCCAACAAAGAGAAAAGAAAUUCAUAGCACAUUGCCUCCUUAAGUUGUCUUAAGGUAAAAGCUAGAAUGCAAACAUUUGCGUUUUUUCAUAAUCAGUCUCCCAGUGUGAUAUUGUAGUAUGUAGUAUGAGAUUCUACCAAGAGGGGGCAGUAAGUCCAUAGCAAGUCCACACUAAUACCCUCAGGGUCACGUUAGUUUGGAGUUGUGCUAUUUUAAGUAUCCUAUGUAUGUUUUUGCAGACAUAUGAUAUAAAGUAUGCUUCUUUUGACGUGCCCACAAAAUAAAUAACCGGUCUAACAUUUAUUCAGUCAGAAGUUUGCGUCAAGAAAAAGCUUUUUUUUGUGUGUGUGUGUGCAUCGUAUUGAAACCGUAACUUGCAGCUAUAGCAGUAUUCUAGUCAUAGAUUUGUGUCGCAUUUUCAAGGCAGUCACAUUUUCUUCUGUUUUCACAUUUUGAUCCAUUCUGGAAAUUAAAACCAGAUAUAUCACGCCUUUUUUUUUUUUUUUUUUUUUUUUUCUUCUUCUUCUAGGUCUACGCUUUUUGACUGUCAUUGUGUGGAUGCUUUAGAUUUGGUUUGUCCAAAUGUUUGUUGUCCAAAAUCACAUUUAAACUAGUGCUGUCAAAUUGAUUAAUCGCAAAUAAUCACAUCUAACAUAAAAGUUUCUAAAUAUACAGUAUGUGUAUAUAUACAUAUACAUAUAUAUGCAUCUAACAUAUAUACAGUAUGUAUAUAUUAUAUAUAUUUGCAAACUUUUAUGUUAGAUGCGAUUAAUCGCAAAUAAUCGAUUUGACAGCACUAGUUUACUAUCUAUAAUGGAUUAAGGAGUUAAGCUGCUUCCUAAACUUGUGUUAAUGAGACAGUGCACUGUUUUUCAGUUAAAUGCCAGAAUUAUGGCAGUGCCAACAUUAGAAAACAUAAAUUAAAGGCCAUCUAAUGAUAUCGUAGUGCUUUCAAAACAAAUGUGCUCACAUUGUUUAUUGGUACAAUGUUUUCUGUUUGAUUCUGCCAGUGUAUUUAUGAUAGAAGUGCCAGGAUUUAUCCUUGUGGCUUGCUACAUAUGCUCAAAUCUUUUGUUUUGUUGUUUUGUUUUGGUUUUUUUUAAGUAAGGACAAAAAGUAGUGGUCACUGCGUAAAACGUUAAGAGUUCAAAAUCAGAUCUAGACAAAUGCGAAGUGUUUUGCUAUAAAGGUGGGACGCGGUGUACUGUAUGUGUAUGUUAUACAUAGACCUAAAGCUUUAUGUGCAAACGGAUGCUUUCGUGUCAGUCUUGAAUGAUACGUUUGUGUUUUAGGACUCUUAACUCGUGAGGCACUUGAGAACAGGUUGUCGCCACAUCAUCCUUUCUUUCCUUCUUGAACCCCCGACAGCCCUCUCCUCCCAGAAUUCAUUGCUUGCCUUUUGCCAUUUCUUACAAGCAUUGUAAGCAUUCUGUGCUUUAUAAAAGUCUUUUCAUUUGUUUGUUUUUUGACUCCUAAUUUUAUGUAUAUUGUACAACCUACAGUGCAAAAAUAAUUGUGUUAUAAAAUAGCUUCAUUCCAUAUUAAAACAAAGUACAUAAACAUUUACUAUACAUAAAUGGAAAUUUCUGCAGUAAGGAAAUGCUUCUGGUGCCUUACAAAUAAAAUCAAUCAAAUCAA